CGACAUUUCAGGUUUCACACACACAUUUGUCAUUUUCUCUCCUCUCUCUCUCUCUCCCUCCUCUCUAUCCCAGAAAAGUCCAAAGCCAUAUAAAAAACCUACCAUUAUAGCCGAGUUCAAUUUCAACUUUCGCAUCCCAUCCUCCAUCCUCCAUUCCACAGAAGCCUCUAGACUCUAGAGAGAGAACCGAGCACAUCACGAACCAACCAAGACCGCAGAUCAGAGAUUCUGAUAUUCAGAGAUUCAGAUAUCAUCACAUCACAUGGCUGAGGGGCUGCAAAGGUCUGAAAGCACGUUCAGGAGACAGGGGUCUUCGGGUUUGAUUUGGGACGACAAGUUUCUACAGAGGGCGUUGAACCAAGUGGAGGCCGAAAAGCAGCAGGAAGCAGCUCAGCAGGCUCAGGCUGCAGAAUCUGGUGCUGCGGCCCCCACCAUGGAGCGCAGCCGAUCCAACGGCGGACGGGGGUAUCGGACGGUCAAGGUUUCACCACAAGCCACGGACCCACCCUCCCCUAAAGUCUCAGGCUGUGGCCUCUGCGGCGCCUUCGGCAAACCAAAGCCCUCGUCAGCGCGUCGACCCAGAUCGAAUAAGCGAAGGUCAUAGAAAUUGAAUCUGUACUUAAUUUCUAGCUGUUUUGUUCUGAUUUGUUUUGUUUAAUUCAACAGUGCAUGCCCGUUUUUUCUAAAUUUUUAUUUUUCGAUGUUAUUAAAGGAUUGUGGGAAGAAGGGGGGUUUUAGGGUGAUUGUAAUGUAAUGUUGUUAAAAGUGUAUAAUUAAUACUUGAUGUGUCUGGUGAGCUACAAUAAUAUCCAUUAAAAUUCUUAUUUAUGCUUCA